UUGUGUCAUUAUGUUUGUUUUAAAGAACCGAGUCCACCAUGUCUGCUUUAAUUUUUGUCUCCCCCGCUUUGCAGAGACCUGAGCCAUAACAAAUUGCAGUUGAUUGACGGAUCUAUGUUCUCCAAAAUACAACAUUUGCGUGAAAUAAAGCUGAACCACAAUGAACUGGAGGCGAUACCGGAUUUGGGCCCUCACGUUUCAAACGUCACAACGCUAAUUUUAGCAAACAACAAGAUCACCAGGAUCUCUGUUGAGCGGCUGACGCCUUUCCACGCUCUGGAAACACUCGACCUCAGCAACAACAACAUCGUGGAUGUAAAGGCCAACUCCUUCCCUGCUCUUCCUCUGAAGAACUUGUUUCUCAACAACAAUCGUAUCUCCUCGCUGGAGACGGGUUGCUUCUCCAAUCUGUCGGACAGCCUAGAGGUUCUGCGGCUCAACCGAAACCGCCUCUCCACCAUUCCAGCCAAAAUAUUUCAACUACCCAAUCUCCAACAUCUAGAGUUGAGCAGGAACCGGGUCCGGCGGGUAGAGAGCCUGACUUUUCACGGCCUGCACGCUCUUCGCUCCCUGAAGAUGCAGAGAAAUGGCCUGAGUCGCCUGAUGGACGGCGCAUUCUGGGGCCUUAGCAAUAUGGAAGUCCUGCAGCUGGAGUACAACAACCUGACGGAGGUGAGUAAAGGCUGGCUGUACGGCCUGUUGACUCUGCAGCAGCUCCGCCUUGGACACAAUGCCAUCAGCAGGAUCCGACCAGAGGCCUGGGAGUUUUGCCAGAAACUAGGCGAGCUCGACUUGUCCUCUAACCACCUGUCCAGACUGGAGGAAUCCAGCUUUGCUGGUCUCAGCCUGCUGGAUGAACUUCACAUUGGGAGCAACCACAUUAGCUUCAUCGCGGACGGAGCUUUCUGUGGACUCUCCAACCUGCAGAUGCUGGAUCUCCAAAGUAAUGAAAUCUCCUGGACCAUUGAGGACAUGAAUGGACCCUUCUCCGCUCUGGACAAGCUGAAGAAACUAUUUCUACAAGGGAACCGGAUCCGAUCCGUCACUAAGAAGUCUUUCUCUGGCCUGGACACUCUGGAAUACCUAGAUUUGAGCAACAACGCCAUCAUGUCCAUCCAAGCAAAUGCGUUCUCUCAGAUAAAAAGCCUCCAAGAGCUCCGCCUGAACAGCUCCAGCCUGCUGUGCGACUGCCAGCUCAAGUGGCUUCCAGUUUGGGUGGCAGAACAAACCUUCCUGUCCUGUGUUAAUGCCAGCUGCGCCCACCCACAGAUGCUGAAGGGCAGGAGCGUGUUCACCGUCAGCCAAGACGAGUUUGUGUGUGACGACUUCCCAAAGCCUCAGAUCACGGUGCAGCCGGACACCCAGUCGGCGCUCAAGGGUUCCAACGUGACGUUCGUGUGCUCGGCAGCGAGCUCGAGCGACUCACCCAUGACAUUUGCAUGGAAAAAAGACAACGAGGUCCUGAAUGAUGCAGAAAUCCACAACCAGGCCCACCUGCGGGUACAAGGAGGCACGGGAAGCGAGACCGAGGUGACGGAAUAUACGACCACGCUGCAGCUUCGCAGUGUCGAGUUCUCCAGUGAGGGAAAAUACCAGUGCGUCAUCUCCAACCACUUUGGAUCCUCGUACUCCAACAAGGCCAAGUUAACCAUCAACAUGCUCCCUUCCUUUACCAAGAUGCCGAUGGACCUGAGUAUCCGCGCUGGAACAACAGCCAGACUCGAAUGUGCUGCCAUUGGUCACCCUUCACCUCAGAUCGCCUGGCAGAAAGAUGGAGGCACCGAUUUCCCAGCGGCAAGGGAACGCCGUAUGCACGUCAUGCCUGAGGAUGAUGUCUUUUUCAUAGUGGGCGUUAAGACAGAAGACAUCGGUGUUUACAGUUGUACGGCUCAGAACACAGCUGGAGCCAUGUCUGCGAACGCAACGCUAGCUGUUCUCGAAACUCCCUACUUCCUGAGGCCUCUCAUAGACCGUACUGUAGCAAAGGGUGAAACCGCGGUCCUCCAGUGCAUCGCUGGCGGCAGCCCUCCACCAAGACUGAACUGGACCAAAGACGACAGCCCUCUGAUGGUCACUGAGCGCCACUUCUUCGCAGCUGCCAACCAGCUCCUCAUCAUUGUGGAUGCGGCUGAAGCCGACGCUGGGAAGUAUACCUGUGAGAUGUCCAAUACCCUGGGAACCGAGAGGGGCAACGUCCAGCUUACUGUCAUACCGAACCCCAACUGUGACUCUGGCGUGCAGGGCGCCAUUGGAAUGGGUGUGAUAGGUGGCGCAGGAUCGGAUGAUGAUGGCUGGACCACAGUAGGCAUUGUCAUCAUAGCGGUGGUGUGCUGCGUGGUGGGAACAUCACUGGUUUGGGUGGUCAUCAUCUAUCACACGCGGCGACGCAAUGAGGACUGCAGUGUCACCAACACAGAUGAGACCAACCUCCCUGCCGACAUCCCCAGCUAUCUGUCCUCUCAGGGGACGCUAGCUGACCGCCAGGAAGGCUACAUCCUGUCUGAGAGUGGUGGCAGCCAUCAGUACGUGGCUUCAUCAAUCAGUGGAUUCUACAUGCAGCCCAAAGACAUGAACGGAAUUUGCCAGCUGGAUACAGGAAGUGAAACAGAUUUGGAGGCAGCCAUCGAUCCUCUGCUUUGCCAUUACCAAGGUCCAGUUGGUUCGCUGCUUCGCCGAGAUAUGUACUCUGAGCCAGCAGACGUCUUCACAGGCUGUUCUAUGGACCAAAAGCCAAUCUGCGUUGAUUCCUACAGUGGCACCAUGACCGGUUCUAAACGGAAGGACUACUACUUAGCUGAGCCCUUUGACUUUUGUUCUUCCACUAUCCUGAUGCAGCUUCCCAACACCAGCCUCUAUUAUGGCCCCGCCCACCAGCAAAAUGGCUGCCGGCCCUCCACAGAGGACGUUGACACCAAGGAAUACGGGCAGCCAGUUGAGUGUGUUUCUUCCUGCAACACGUUCAUGGGAACAUUUGGAAAAGCUCCUUGGAGGCCUCAGCAGGACUCGUAUACAACGUUCCCUCAACAGUCGGGGACGUAUAAUGCAUUAACCCUUCAUGAAAACCCUUACACUGCCCCGGACGACGAUUCUGACCUCGAGGACGUCAGUUUCACUAAGGAUUCGACAUCAGAACAGAGCUGCAGCAUUUACGAACAGCCGUUGGACAGUAACAGAGCCGAUCCCGUUCCACGGGGCAGAACGAGCUCUUAGCUAACAGACUGUUUUCUCGUUAUCUAUGAAAAGGAUGACCAAAAAAAUGUUUAAUUCUACCUCAAUGAGUGGACACUAUUGCAAUAAAUAUGCAACGAGUGAAUGUAAAAGAAGAGUUUUGUUCCUCCGGAAAAGCACGGAACUUUAGGACUAUGACUUCAGUUGAAAAAUAUAGAUGAAUAAUACGUUUUAUAUAAAUUUUAUUCUAUUUUGUACAUUUUGUAUAAACAGAUUCCAUUAUUUUGCUUACAUUUCCCGUAUGAUCAGUUUGCAGUCCUGCCUCUCCAGUUAUUCCAGACUCCUAAGUUUUUAUUUUUUAUGCUUUGAAUGAAGCAAUUUUUUUGCACAUAACAUAAUAAAAAACACCUUAAUGUGUGCUGCCACAUUUAAAGCAA